AAGGGUCUUGACGAUUUUUGGGGCCACACUGGUCCCGGUUGAUCAACAGGAUUAGAUGAAUCUGCUUUGGAAGAAGAAAUCCGGACUGCUUUUGGCUUCCGUUUUGUCCUCGUCGUCUUUGUCGUCAUCGUCAUCAUCAGACAAGUUUCGCCUUGCCGUGUCUUCCGGCCCCCACACUGACACCUGGCGCCACUUGCCUGGGAGGGCGCGAGCCUCAAACAAAAACGCCCAGACAUAAAACGCACAAUCCACCACUCCUUUUCGUCUGUGCUCCGACCGCCAGACCGCCAGCCAGCAUCUUCCAUUUUUGAACACAAUUAUCUUUGUUGCCAGCAGCCAACUCCGACGUCGUGGUUUGUGACUGCUAACAUCCAGGAAAACCAGCCCCCAAACGCUUGUUGUUCCACCCGACGUCCUCAUCAUGGCUCUCCUCGAUGGCCUAAAGCCGGCUGGGGGGCCGGGGCCGACGCUUCUCGGCGUGCCCAUGAAGCAGGCCUCGCUGAUCACACUGACCUUCCAGAAUUCCGCCCUCAUUCUUAUAAUGCACUACUCGCGCAUCAUGCCCCCGAACGGCGACCAUCGAUAUUUCGCCUCGACGGCCGUCUUCCUCAACGAGGUCAUCAAGCUCGCCAUCUCGCUCACCUUCGCGAUAUACGAGGUCUCGCAGAGUCUCGCCCCCCAGACGCCGGCGACGGUGCUGUUUGAGCAGAUCUACAACUCGGUCUUCUCGGGAGACGGGUGGAAGCUGGCAAUCCCCGCGGCCCUAUACACACUCCAGAACACGCUGCAGUACGUGGCGCUGGGCAACCUCGACCCCGUGCACUUCCAGGUGCUGUACGAGCUCAAGGUAGGCCCAAUCCUGGCGGCAGUUGAAGAGGCCAAGAGAGCCAUGGCAGAGGAAGAAUAUCUGAUCCUCGCAACGGCCUUCUUCUGCGUCGUCCUUCUCGGGCGGACGCUCGGGAUCAGGCGCUGGCUCUCGCUCGUCAUGCUCACCGUCGGCGUCGCCGUCGUGUCGAUCCCGUCGUCGAACUCGGAGACCAUGGUCAUCCACGACACCAGCGACCACUUCUUCCCCCGGUCGAUGCACGAGCUCGGCCAGAUGGCCAACGGCAUGGCAGAUGUGGCGGCGGAGCUCACCAAGAGGGCUAUCGGCGGUGGCGAGGAGCUCGCCAAGCGAUCGGCGACGUACGAGGGCAUCGCCGAGGACCUGGAGACGGGGCCGGUCAUGAACUACUCGCUCGGCGUGACGGCCGUCCUAGUCGCCGCCGUGGUGUCGGCGCUAACCGGAGUCUAUUUCGAGAAGGUCCUGAAGAAUUCGCCCUCCCCCGUGUCGGUCUGGACGAGGAAUCUCCAGCUGUCCUUCUACUCGCUCUUCCCGUCUCUGUUCAUCGGCGUCAUCUUCAAGGAUGGGGCGGAAAUUUCCAAGCAUGGCUUCUUCGACGGCUAUAACUGGGUUGUCUGGACCGCCAUCGUGUUCCAGGCCGUUGGCGGUGUCCUCGCCUCGCUCUGCAUCAACUAUGCCGAUAACAUUGCCAAGAACUUUGCCACGAGCAUCAGCAUCGUCAUCAGCUUUGUCUUCAGCGUGUGGUUCUUCAAUUUCAACGUCUCGUUUACGUUCCUCGUCGGCACAACACUCGUACUCUUCGCGGCCUACCUUUACAGCGAGCCCGAGCGGAAGAGGGGCCGCCCGCCCCCAAUCAACAUCGUCAGCUACGAGAAGACCACCAUCGACAGCACCCCGCGGGCCGUCCACGAGGGCAAGCUCAACCUCGACCCCGCCGAGUCACUCAAGAGCCUGGGCCUGGGACUCAGCACCUCGCGGCCGACGUCGCCGCUGCGCCAUCACCCGCGCUCGCCAUCGGCCAGGGGCAAGAAGUUUGAUGACUAAGGCAAUUUUAUUUAUUUAUUUCUCAUUCUUCCAGCAUGGAGGUGGCAAUCGGCGAGGCGCUUUGUGCAACCCCUGAGCGUCAAAGAAAGGAGGGGGGCGGGGACAAUGAUUGGAACUUGCAUGCCAGCCGGCGUUUGCAUUAAAACACGUAGUAGACAGUGAUACCCAGCCGGGAAACGGCACGCCAAGGCGAAAUGAGGGCUUGGGCGGUAUAUAACGACAUGGGGGUGGGCCAAAG